GAGUGCUUUAUUUUCUGAAUGUUUGAUAUACACCGCUGCACAGUAAUGUCAUUUUCUGCUAUUUUAAAGUGCAAACUUGCCGCCAUCAUUAAAACAGGAAACUGACAAGAAGUUUACAAUGGCAACAUCAGAUCCACUGGCCAGAGCGCAAGAUGUUAAACGCUGUCAGUUAUGUCCCGGCAAACACAGGAAGUCUGCAGCAGAAACCGUGUGUAACACCUGCCACGUCAAUCUCUGUAAGGACUGUGUAGGACAUCACAUGACCUCAAAUCCCACCAUACGCCACGAUGUUGUCACUUUUAAAUUCAAGAUCUUAGAAAUCAUUCCACCCCCAUGUAAACUACAUCAAGAACAGAAAUGUGAAAUGUUCUGUGAAAAAUGUGAUUCUUCAAUUUGUCUGAAAUGUCUUGCAUCUGGAUCUCAUGAAAACCACAAUGUGUCACAGAUUUCAGAAAUCCAUGCCUCUAGAAAAAAGCUGAUAGAAAAAGACACAGAGGAACUUGAAAGUAAGAUUGCACCUGUGUUUGAAUUAAUUCUCUCUGAAAUAGAAGAAAUGUUGUCAAAUGCUCUCCAAAAACAUGGAGAAAGACAACAAGUCAUUACUGAAUUCGGCAAAAAAUGUCAUACACUUGUAGACAUUGUUAUCAACAGAUAUCUGAGUGAUUCAAAGAAGAUAGCAAAACAAGAUGGUGACUCAGUUCAAACUUUGAAAUCCAAGUUCGAGAAAAUACAAUCGUCAAUACAAUCAACUACAUAUGAAAACCAUUCUAUCCUCGCUUCCAACGAUUUAUCCAAAUUUACCAGUUACGCUUCGAGGAACGAGGAAUUACGGAUUGUUCCCUCUAGAUUUGAAUUGACAGUCCCACCAUUGGAUCUAAAAGAACUAACAGAAGAGACACUGAAGCAACUGAUUGGAGUCAUUCCUACCUCAAUAAAAACCGACAUUCCAGGACAGGUCUUGCAAGUCAUUUCUCCAGUCUCCAGUGUCAACAAACCAAACAGAAAAUUAUUAGAGAAGCUUGAAGUAUUAGCAGGUCUUAAUACUGGUUAUACUAACACUUACAGAAUAUACUGUAUUCCUAACAUAGAUGAGUUCUAUGUCUGUGGUGACAGUAACAUCAUCAGACACAUGAACACUGAGGAGACACUACUGGAAGAGAUCAAAACCAAGUCAAGGAAAUAUCCAACAGAUCUGACAGUCACCAGGGAGGGACAUCUGGUGUACGCUGACACUGACUGGUAUGAUAGAAGUAUCAACAUGCAGAAGAAUGGCAAGAUAGAAUGUCUGAUCAGAUUACAAGGUUGGAUACCACUGGGCAUCUGUAGUACCUCCACAGACGACUUACUGGUUACCAUGGUGUCUAAUUAUGGACAAAGUAAAGUAGUCCAUUACUCUGGUUCUACAGUCACACAAGAAAUACAAUACAGUGACACAGGCAAACCUUUAUAUUCUAAUCCAGCCUUUAUUACUGAGAACAAGAACCUUGACAUUGUUGUGAGUAACUUUGAUACAAAGACAGCAGUGGUGGUAGAUAAGGAAGGCAAAUUCAAGUUCAGCUAUAAUGGAAAUCUCCAAUCCAAAUUUAGAUCUUUUACUCCGAACGGUGUGACCACAGACAGCAUGUGUCACAUCCUGAUUGCUGACCGUGAUAACCACGUCAUACACAUCAUUGAUCAGAAUGGACAGUUCCUCCGGUACAUAGACACCUGUAACUUACACAAACCAUAUGAUCUCAGUACUGACAGUAGUGACAUGUUGUUUGUUACUGAAUAUGAAACUGGCAUUGUGAAACGUCUCAAGUAUUUAGACUAAACUUGAAAUUCAUACUUAUGUCAUAUUAAAAAAAAUUAAAUAUCUAAAGUGAAAGUUGCUGAAAUAUUAUAAAUGAUGAGGUGUGUCACGUAAAAUUUGUAAACAAAUAUUUAGAAUACACGUUGUAGCACUACCACCUAUAAACAAAUACUUUUUUAUUAUUAUUAUUUAUAAAAAAAUUAUUUCACAAAUAUUGACAUAAGACAGAAGAAAAUUUGUCAUUUUUUUCAAACCACUUUCACACACUUUCAUACUCACACUCAUACUUUUGUUGGUAAGUGCUUGCAUUUUUAAUAUAAUUGUAAGAGAAAAAUGAUAACAAUACAGAGCUCGAGUAAAUAGAUAAAAGUACUUGUGGCUUCAAAAGUAGGGGAAAAAAAUAUUGCUUAAUAGCAAAAUUGUGAUUUUUUUUAUGUUGUCAAAAAGUGUUUUCCAUACAUGCCAGAUAUUUUCAAAUUUUUGUAUUUCUAAAUUCUGAUACGCAAUACAUUUUUCAACCUUGUAUUUGUUGUAUAGAUAGAACAAUAAUUCCAAGAAUCUUGGCAAUCUGGUUUUUUUCAAACAAGAAAAAAUAUAUUGUUUUGUAUAUAGGAUAAGAAAGUUUUACAAUUCCGUUGCCUUUCGACAAUGGGAGUUCACCUAAUAAAAUAUUAAGUACAUUAAAACCUAUUCUUUUGGAAGUUGUUUUAUAAAUGUGCAUGUUCAGAUUGCUCCAUAAUAUAGAUACUUUUUCAUAGCCAAUGAAAACGUGCUCAACUUCAUCAUUACAAAAGGUACAACAAUCAAAAGACACAACAUUGAUUUUUUUAAGAUAAUAAUUGACAGGCAGAAUUCUAUGAAGUAAUCUAUAUUGUAACCAUUGGAUAGUAGAGUCCUUGGUAGUCUUAAAACAUACAGUAAAAGCAUCCUUAACACAUGCCUCUAUUCCAUAAGCUACCAGAUCUAAAUUCCACUUUGAAACAGAAGUAGGUAUAUCAUGGUUUACAUUUAACUGUUUGUAAACAGAUUUAGUACAUUUAGUUUGCAAAAUCAAAGGUUUAUAAUAUAAUGGAAUAUAAGGUGUAAAAGAUCUAUUGAAUAAACCUUUGUUUUCAAACAA